GGCGAACAAGUCGGUUUACUAGACAAUCUUUCGAAUUUCAUAGAUAGUAUCAACAACAAGAUGGCAGGGAGUAAGAAAUACUUCGAUAAACUGAGUAGAACGAAUGACAAGCAGAGCAUAUGUAUAGUCGUGCUUAUUGUAAUACUAGUUAUACUAUUUAUCGUCCUAAUAUCAAUUUAAUACCUCUUAGAUUCUUACCACCAUCAUUGUAUUAUGAUAUGAUUAUCAACAGCUUAAACGGCGUGAUCACAGAGCCUGGCAGUCUAGACGAAAAUAGUCUGCUAUUAGACGACGCAGGUAACGAAGUGGAAAGCUUAUCUACAGACCAGAUCGUUUAUCUCUUCAAUCGUCAUCAACUUAAGUCAUUUUACAAAGAUAGCGUGAGGUUGUAUACGACGCCGUUACAUACGCUGAGCGACUAUAUUGCUGCAUCACACUAUCAUCUUGGUCAAUCCCAGCAUUUACACACCACCUCUGUCAAUAGGCACAACAGCAUACGAGUCGCUUUGAACUUUAUAAAGAGACAGCUAUCACUACUAGACGAACUGAGGAGCGACUUUGAUACAUCUUCAACAACGCUUCUACAACAACACUCCGCUUUAUUGCAUCAUCAUCAAUUCCACAUGCACCUCGUAGCGAACAUUCCCAUUAGUCCCAAGCUAGAAAAAAGAAAAGAGCAUCUCAGUGGAUAUAUGAACUUACAGAAAAUGGAGCAAACAUAUCAAGAAUCACUUGAGUUUCACAACAACCAUCAGAGAGAUUACCAACUGUUAGACGAGCAGUGGGUAGAUAUUGACAACGAAUUGAGUGAAUUUGAAGGUUUGCUAAAUUCAUUCGAUUUUCGCGAAUUCGACGAUGCAUUGACUGAAGCAAAUGAUGCAUUCCUCAGUACAGGGCAGCUAAACAUGAAUGAUAUAGAUCAACUAAGACAACUCGAUGGGUUCCUCAGGGAAGACGUAAUCACGCUUACCAAUUUGAAGAACUCGCAACCUCAUUUAGAUUACUUGACCCGAUUGAGUUAUUUGCAUCUCCAAUUGACGGAUAUCUCAAACCAAGUUGCACAUUUCAAGCACUCACUCAAUGCGACAUCAUCCGUCCAGCACCUCAGCAGACUCAAGGCAAUGCCAACAGCUUAUGUCUCAUUGUUAUGUGAAUUGACGCGCAGGACGAGCUUUGAGAAUCAUUUCAAGGACAAGGUGUCCGAUGUGGCAGAGUUGCUCGCAAACGAAAGUAGGAAGGAGGAGAUACGUAGACUUGCGUUAGUUGAUUUUCGUGAUUCAUCACAUUCUCUUUCUGCAACAACUGGAGAGAGUUUCAUGAAACUUGCCGCUGUGAAACCGUCGAAGUUUCUUCCAUUCGAUGUCGGUGCUUUUGAUGGCACGACUAAUAAAUCUGAAGUUAGCUUGCGUGGAGGUAACCUUGUUCGAAUUUCAGUUGAAGAGCUUCAAGAGACGAUUGAAAGUAUAAGGACUGCAGUGGAUAAAUUCAUCGAUAGCGAACGAAUAGAUAUCGACUUAUCGGCUAUUCUCCCUUUAUUUAGUGUUUAUGAGAGCACUAUGGAGUACAUACAUAACCUCGAUCUUGAAUGGGAGAAAAGAGCAUCAGGGAUGCUUCUCCCUCAGACGACAAUGAAGUUCAAAGCUUCGAAUGAUGUUGACCAAAUUAAAGAAGACUACGAAUACCAGAUUUCGGAAUUGAAAGACGCACAUGCGGCUGAAUUAGAGCGCCAGAGGAAUGCAUUUGAAAAGGAUCUACAGGCAGUCAAAGCAGAGGCUACUAACGAUUCUCAAGCCGAGGAUAUGAAGCGCACAAUAACCAACCUUGAAGAGCGUCUCGCCGAAUUGGUGCAGACCGAGCAAGCAGCGAAAAGAGAGUUGCAAUCGAAAGACGCAGAACUUAACGAGAGUAAGCGAGAACAUGCACAGAUUCUCACCGCGCGUGACAAGGACUUGCGCAAUAUACGCUCGGAAAUGGAUGCAGACAAUGCCGUGUUAAGUCAUGGCCUCGAAAUGUCGAACCAGGAGGUCAUUCGCCUUGAAGAGGCUGUAAACUCUAGUCAAGGAAAGUACAUAGCUCUCUGCGAAGCACUAGAGAAGGUGCUCAAUAAGGGUGCCGACAAGAAUGUCGGAGGGGGUGGCAUCAACAAUGUCCUGAUGAACUUCUCAAAAACACCCUUUGAUACUGAUGAUGUUAUCCACAAAUUGUCGACCUAUGUUCGGAGAUGGCAGAAAGAAGCCAAAGUCAAUAGGGAACGCGCUAAGGAGAAGUUGGCAUUUAGAAACUUCACUCGAGGAGACCUAGCGCUGUUUUUACCUACUCGCAAUGCUGCAGCUAAACCCUGGGCUGCGUUCAACAUAUCCUUCCCACACUAUUUCCUCAAGCCGACACAGACGCAAGCUGAGACACUCAAGAGUCGUGAAUGGACGGUUGCCCGUAUAGCCAACAUAGACGAAAAGGUAGUCGAAGAAAAUGGUGAUAAUCCUUUUGGACUUGGUGUUGGCGUGAAGUACUUCCUACUCGAUGUGGAAAUAUGGCAACCCAAGCACCGACGCAAUCUAGCCAAAAUGGAUAACUUGUCGGGUGACACUAGUAAUCCAUUCAAUGCACCGGAGGAUAGUCCGAAGGAAUCGUCUGGACAGCCCGAUAGGUUACACAAAAGGAGGACGAUGUCGACGGCUUCGAGCGUUGCUUCGUCAAGAACAAGAAGCAGCGUCGGACAGCAGCCACCUCCAAACCUUCUCAGUCAGAGUCCUGGCGUUACUACUACCCUUACGAAGGCUUUAUCAGAAGAGAAGAAAGAGGACGUUAAUCAUUCUCCAAUCGUACCAACACCAUCACCAACUGUCACAACUAGAAAUGACAGAAGUGGAAGCGGAAGUGUGACGGGUGCUGCGCAGGAUUUGUUGAGAAAUAGUCUUAAACGUCAACAACAGAAUAGUCCUAGUAUGUAA